GCUUGACCACGUGAAUAUACUCCCCGCAGCUAUGUCACAUCAGAAGGGCCGAGCCAGGGUAGCUUGCAAGCUUUGCAACUUGCGUCGGGUGAAAUGCGACCGAACUAUUGAUAAUGCCUGUUCCAAUUGCCAAUUGGCAGGCACGGCCUGCGAGCUGAUCAACUCGCGACGAGGAAGGUACCCAAGGACGGCAAGUCGCCGAGUCGAUGAAUGUACGCAUAUCUCGACUGCAGGGAAUCGACAAUCGCCUGUAGAUCUGGAACGGCUUCAUUCGGCUGAUUUGCUGGAAAGCCCUCGCACAGAAUUAACUGAAUCUUCGGAGAGCGGCAGGAGAGACAGCCAUACUCGAUAUGUGAGCCCAUCUCUGACAGAGUUAGCAGUACAGCAUGAUGGUGUCGCCAUGCCUGGGAGAGUGGUGUACAUGGGCGACUCAGCCAACUUCAAAUACGUCCUGCAUGAAGUUGGAGAUCCUUUCCAAACCAGUCAGCGGCACCGCUUCUGGGGCGACAAUCUACAGAGAUCUAUGCUGGAAAGGUUAGGGCAAACUACACAGUCAACAAUUCAGAAGAUACGAGAAGAUGAUCAAACGCACCUACAAACAACUGGUGUCUUCCAAACACCCAGCAAGGAUAUUAGCGAAGCCUUUAUUGAUAGCUUCUGGAAAUAUUCUUACCCAGUCUUUCCGCUCUUUGACUGGGCGCCAUUUUAUGCAGAUUACAAUGCAGGAUCUAUAUCUCCCCUCCUGUUGAACGCCGUUUUCAUGGUUGCAGUCUUCCAUUGCCCGGAAUCUGUUCUUCAUGAUGCAGGGUUUUCUUCCAGAUACCUGGCCAGUCUCACAUUCUAUCGCAGGGCAAAAGCACUCUACGACAGCAGUAGCGAGUCCGAUGGUGUGACAAUCAUCCAGGCCACUAUUCUCAUGUCUAACUGGUGGGGUGGCCCGAUGGAGCAAAAGGACACUUGGUAUUGGCUGGGCAUCGCAGCAAGUUUGGCUCAGUCUUUGGGCAUGCACCGAUCGAAGUCAUAUGUUAUUCUACCCGAGCCGAGUAGGACAGUGUGGAGGAGAAUAUGGUGGGUACUCUAUAUCAAUGACAUUCACCAUGCGGCUGUUUACGGUCGACCACCUCAUAUUCAUCCGAAAUUCUGCAACAUCAAAGCUCUCGGUGAAGACGAUUUUGCUGGUUGCUCCUCGGUGAAUUCAGUUUCCUCGGAGAACGGUGUUUCACAGGAAAGUAAAUCGUAUCUAAUUCACCUCGUGGACCUCAUUGCUAAAGUUGGCGACUGUCUCGUGACCAAGCUUGCAUCAACAGAUGGCAAUGAAAUAGCGGACAGGACAUCAUACAACAGACUGCUUCAAUGGGAACGAACCCUCUCCGAUAGGUUCAGGGCCACGCCAGCCCAGAUUUCUUUGGAGAGAGGGUUCUGGCCCGCGUUGAUUCAAGUACUCUACUGUGAGUAUCAAAUAGUGUUCUAUCGCUUGCUCUCCACGAACCCAGUAACCGUGGGGCUCGAAUCUCCUAUUUUCCAAGCAGCUGGGAAAAUCACUCGUCUACUCGAGGAUUUGCUGAUUUCUGGAACGCUCUACAAUGCCCCUUUUAUAAUGUCUGUGAUUGUUCAGCCUCCUACUUAUGGAAAUGUGUUGACCCAAUUCACAGUUUACCCGCGAUUUUUGCUUCUUCCUUGGUUUGUAUCAUGA